AACGCAGGAAUCAUGGUUGGCCGAGAGCACAGAGGGUUUUCCACGUCAGUGUGUUUACCAAGAAGACUGACAGCUGCUUAAAUUUAACACAUUACAAACUUUUAUUUCCGACUAUCAAAGCUACAAAUCAAUUUCUACCGAUAAUGUAUUUCACGUGGUGUAAAUGUCCGUAAACUGUAGAUUCCCUGGGUCUGUUGUCGCGUAUUGAACUUCCUAUUGGUCUACCUAUUCAGUGUUAGCCGGCUAGCCUGUUCAAUUAGCCUAGCUAGUUAGCCCAGUGGUUCGCCUGCAGGACUCCAUCUUGUGUUGAAGUUGGUAAUUUAACCACACAGAGAAGGCAGGAUGGUGGACAAGAACAUCUACAUCGUCCAAGGAGAGAUCGGUACUGUGGUUGGAGCAAUCAAGAGGAACUCUAGAUGGAACACCCACACUCCACUGGAUGAAGAACAAGACCCUUUGCUCAGCAGUUUCGCCCAACUCAAGGACAUCCUCAACUCCAUUAAAGAGUUGGCGGAUGUGGAGCCCAACGUGUUCCUGCGGCCGUUCCUGGAAGUGGUGCGUUCCGAGGACACGACCGGACCAAUCACAGGCCUCGCUCUCACCUCCGUCAACAAGUUCCUCUCCUACGGCCUCAUAGAUGCCAACCAUGAGGCGGCGGCCGAGGCGAUCGAGAACAUGGCGGACGCCGUCACGCACGCUAGGUUUGUGGGGACGGACCCCGCCAGCGAUGAGGUUGUCCUCAUGAAAAUCCUGCAGGUGUUGAGGACGUUGCUGCUGACACCUGUCGGAGCCCACCUGACCAACGAGUCUGUGUGUGAGAUCAUGCAGUCUUGCUUCCGAAUCUGCUUCGAGAUACGUCUUAGUGAGCUCCUGAGGAAAUCUGCUGAGCACACACUGGUGGACAUGGUGCAGCUUCUAUUUUCCAGACUCCCUCAGUUCAAAGAGGAGGCCAAGAGCUUCGUCGGAGCCAACAUGAAGAAGGCUUACAAUAUCUUAUGGAAAAACAAAAGAGUGCAGCUGAAGAUGCGUGCGGGAGGGAUGAGCGAGUCCUCCAAGUGGAAGAAGCAGAAGCGUUCGCCCAGACCGCCGCGCCACACUGGGAGGGGGUCCCCUAGCCAGUCAGCCCACCUCAGCAACAACAACCUCUCUGGUGGGGUCCCCUUUAUGGAGCCAGGCUCCGGCCUCUCGACCUCGGACAGCGCGGGCUCCUCAGUCUCCAGCCCGUCCACUGCAGACAGUGGGCUGGACCCUGGCUCCAAGGCCACCUCGAGGGAAGACCUCAGCGACCUGGAGCAGAGCAGCUCGACCGCCACCACCCCCGGCACCGAGACCCCCCGGCUGGAUGCAGCGUCGGACGGAAGGAGGUCUGAGCGCGGUCAGUCCACCUCCGUGGAGUCCAUCCCGGAGGUGCUGGAGGAUAAGGACUCUCUGACGGAGAACUCGGACAGCGCCUCCGUCCACGACAUGGACUACGUCAACCCCAGAGGAGUCCGCUUCACCCAGUCCACACAGAGAGACGGUGCUUCGCUCAUCCCCUACGGGCUGCCCUGCCUGCGUGAGCUCUUCCGCUUCCUCAUCUCGCUGACCAACCCCCACGACCGCCACAACACAGACGCCAUGAUUCACAUGGGCCUGCAGCUGCUCACCGUUGCCCUGGAGUCCGCCCACAUCGCCCCCUACCAGUCCCUGCUGGGCCUGGUCAAGGAUGAGCUCUGCAGACACCUCUUCCAGUUGCUAAAUGUGGAGCGGAUGAAUCUGUACACCGCCUCUAUUCGCUGCUGUUUCCUGCUCUUCGAGAGCAUGAGAUGUCAUCUCAAGUUCCAGCUCGAGAUGUACUUGAAGAAGCUAAUGGACAUCAUCACGUCGGAGAAUGUGAAGAUGCCCUACGAGAUGAAGGAGAUGGCCCUGGAGGCGCUGGUGCAGCUGUGGAGGAUCCCCAGCUUUGUCACCGAGGUCUACAUCAACUACGACUGUGACUUCUACUGCUCCAACCUGUUUGAAGACCUCACCAAGCUGCUCUCCAAGAAUGCAUUCCCAGUGUCUGGACAGCUGUACACCACCCACCUGCUCUCCCUAGAGGCUCUGCUGACCGUGAUUGACAGCACAGAGGCCCACUGCCAGGCCAAGGUUCUUAACAGCGCUGCUGAGCAGGACCAAUCAUCAGACACAGUCCUGGCAGAGGGGCAGAGCUCCCCCAAUGAAAAUACAGAGACAACAACAGACCCUAGCGGCGACGAUGGUGGAGGUCAGAGCACUCCAGAAGCUGAGAUCACGCUGGUGUGUCCUCCGACCAGCGGCCACCUGAUGGCUGAGAAGAUGAGACUGGGCCGGCAGGACCUUGAAGAGACCGACACUGCUGAGAAGAAGAGCCUGAAGAAACCUCAGCGCUUCACCUCGUAUUCACCAGAAUCCCAGGAGCUGAUGGACAUCAAAGCCAAGAAGAAGCUCCUGAUCACGGGCACGGAGCAGUUCAACCAGAAGCCCAAGAAGGGCAUCCAGUUCCUGCAGGAGAAAGGUCUGCUCAGCAGCCCAAUGGACAACAACCAGGUGGCCCAGUGGCUCCGCGAAAACCCCCGCCUGGACAAGAAGAUGAUCGGAGAGAUCGUAAGCGACCGCAAGCACAUGGAGCUCCUCGAUAGCUUCGUCAACACGUUCACCUUCCAGGGCCUGCGCAUUGAUGAGGCGCUGCGGCUGUACCUGGAGGCCUUCAGGCUGCCCGGAGAGGCCCCUGUCAUUCAGAGACUCCUGGAGACCUUCACUGACAACUGGCAUAAAGUCAACGGGUCUCCGUUCAUGACCAAUGACGCCGGGUUCGCGCUGGCCUACGCCGUCAUCAUGCUGAACACGGACCAGCACAACAACAACGUGCGCAAGCAGAACAUCCCAAUGACGCCAGAGCAAUUCAAGAAGAAUCUGAAGGGCGUGAACGGGAACAAGGACUUUGACCAGGACAUGCUGGAGGACAUCUACAACGCCAUCAAGACGGACGAGAUUGUGAUGCCAGACGAGCAGUCGGGCCUGGUGAAGGAGAACUAUGUGUGGAGCGUGCUGCUCCACCGGGGGGCCACGUCCGAGGGUCUCUUCCUCUCGCUGCCCCCGGGGAGCUACGACCACGACCUGUUCUCCAUGACCUGGGGGCCCACCAUCGCCGCCCUCUCCUACGUGUUCGACAAGAGCCUGGACGACACCAUCAUCCAGAAGGCCAUCGCCGGCUUCAGGAAAUGUGCGAUGAUCUCUGCUCACUAUGGCUUCAGCGACGUGUUUGACAACCUGAUCAUCUCCCUCUGCAAGUUCACCACUCUGAGCAGCGAGUCGGUGGAGAACCUUCCAACAGUGUUUGGCAGCAACGGUAAGGCCCAGCUUGCCGCCAAGACGGUGUUCCACCUGGCCCAUCGCCACGGCGACAUCUUGCGGGAGGGCUGGAAGAACAUCAUGGACUCCAUGCUGCAGCUCUUCAGGGCGGAGCUCCUGCCCAAGGCCAUGGUGGAGGUUGAGGACUUUGUGGAGCCAAAUGGAAAGAUUUCCCUUCAGAGAGUAGAAACGCCUUCAAACCGCGGUGAGUCGGCCGUGUUGAGCUUCGUGAACUGGCUCACGCUGAGCGGAGCCGAGCAGUCCGGACACAGGGGUCCCUCCACCGAGAACCAGGAGGCCAAGCAGGCCGCCAUCCUCUGCAUCAAGCAAUGCGACCCAGAGAAACUGAUGACGGAGAGUAAAUUCCUCCAAGUGGAGUCUCUGCAGGAACUGAUGAAGGCACUGAUAUCUGUGACUCCUGACGAGGAGACGUAUGACGAGGAGGACGCGGCCUUCUGUCUGGAGAUGCUGCUCCGCAUCGUCAUGGAGAACAGGGACCGUGUGGCGUGCGUAUGGCAGACCGUGCGUGAGCACCUGUGCCACCUGUGUGUGCACGCCACCGAGAGCUGCUUCCUGGUGGAGCGGGCCGUCGUAGGCCUGCUGCGCCUGGCCAUCCGCCUGCUGCGGCGCGACGACAUCAGCUCCCAGGUGCUGCUGUCCCUGCGUCUCCUGCUGAUGAUGAAGCCCAACGUCCUUGCCAGGGUGAGCCGCGAGGUGGCCUAUGGCCUCCACGAGCUGCUCAAGACCAAUGCGGCCAACAUCCACUGCACAGAGGACUGGUACACCCUGUUCUCCCUGCUGGAGUGCAUCGGGGCUGGGGUCAGACCCCCCGCGUCCUUCCGCCUGGCCUCCAUCAGCUCUGACCACGACACCGGCGCCCUGUCCGAUAGCGAGCUGUCGUCCCACCAGCCCAGCGAGGUGAACCGGGACCGGGGCUACACCUCAGACUCUGAGGUGUACACCGACCACGGCCGGGCCCGCAUGCCGCGCUCCAUCACCGACGUAGACGUGGCCAGCAGCAGCGGCUGGCUGGUGGUUGGUAGGGACGACCUGGAGCUGGCGACCACCAAGGCAGGCUCCUCUACCCUGAUCCCCCCCAAAGUGUCAACCACCGCCCCCCUGCACAGCCCCCUGGUGAACCAGUACAGCCUGACCCUGGGCCAGGACCUGGGCCAGCACGACACCAAGUCCCUCAUCAAGUGCGUGGAGACGCUGUCCUUCAUCGUGCGCGACGCCGCCCACGUCACCCCCGACAACUUUGAGCUGUGCGUCAAGGCCAUCCGCGUGUUCGUGGAGGCCAGCCUCAACGGAGGCUACCGUAGCCACGACAAGAAGAAGAAGUACGACUCGUCUAAAUCUCGCCUGAGGAAGAAGAUGGGCGGUCGAGAGAAAGAUGGCGGGUCCGGCAACGGGCGGAAGGGCACGAACAGGGGGGGUGGCCAUCGGCCCUCGCGUUCCCAUAGCGACGAGGAAGAGGACGACAGCGUGCCCGCCAGCUACCACACGGUGUCUUUACAGGUUAGUCAGGAUCUUCUGGACCUAAUGCACACACUGCACACCAGAGCAGCCAGCAUCUACAGCUCCUGGGCGGAGGAACAGUACCACCUAGAGGGCACCAAGAAGAUAGCAGCCGACUCUCGGACCCUCUGGACCGGAUGCUGGUGUCCUCUGCUGCAAGGUAUCGCCUGGCUGUGCUGUGACACGCGGCGGCAGGUGCGCAUGCAGGCGCUCACCUACCUGCAGAGGGCGCUGCUGGUGCACGACCUGCAGACGCUGGACGCCACCGAGUGGGAGUCCUGCUUCAACAAGGUGCUGUUCCCCUUGCUCACCAAGCUCCUGGACAACAUCAGCCCAGCAGACGUGGGAGGGAUGGAGGAGACCCGGAUGAGGGCCUGCACCCUGCUGUCUAAGGUGUUCCUUCAGCACCUGUCCCCCCUGCUGUCCCUGCCCACCUUCGCUGCCCUCUGGCUCACCAUUCUGGACUUCAUGGACAAGUACAUGCAUGCAGGCUCCAGUGACCUGCUGCUGGAGGCCAUCCCAGAGUCCCUGAAGAACAUGCUGCUGGUGAUGGACACAGCAGGGAUCUUCCACUGCUCCGACUCCCGGACGGGCUACUCUGACCUGUGGGAGAUCACCUGGGAGCGCAUAGUCUGCUUCCUGCCCAACCUGAGAGAGGAGCUCUUCAAGCAGACCGUCAUAGCUGGUACCGUGGAGAUGAGACAGACUGGAGACCUUGAAGCUCACAUCAUCUUCCCUGCCCUCCCUGUCCUCCCAGAUCCAGGCCCCCCCAACAGCCUUCUGGUGGACCCUCCCCAGCCAGCUGGCCCCGGGGGUCAGCCUUGCCCCCCCCAGGGCCCCCAGCCAGUACCCCAGAACCCCUCCUGCAUACCGGGCAGCCCCGCCCAGCCAAAGACCCCCAGCAGGCCCUCCACCCCCCAGGGACCCCCCUCACCCAGUGCCAACGGUACGGCUCGGUCGUCUCCGGGGCCCUCCCCCUCACCGCUGACUCCGCCCCCUGUCAAGGUGUCUCCGUCGCGGGGCCCCUCCCCCACCAGCCAGUCGCCCCUCAUCCUGCAGCCCCUGGCCUUGCCCCUGCAGGUGGGCGGGUCCCCCAUGUCCCUGCCAAUCAUCCUAAACCCCGCCUUGAUCGAGGCCUCCUCCCCCGUGCCCCUCCUCCCUGUCGCCCCCCGACCCACCAGCCCCUCCCACGAGGAGAAAUGAGUCGCUCUCGUCUCGAGGCUUCCUCGUCUUCUUCUUCGCUUUGCCACCAUUGCCUCUGGUAGAGGGUAGAGGGUAGAGGGUGAGGGGGGGGGGGGGGGGGGGGUUCAGCACUCUCCUUCAGUUUGUUUUGUCGUCGAUUUUCUUUUUUUCUGUUCAACACCGACGACUCCAUUUAAAUUUCUGAUGACGUGGGAUCCUCUCUGGUACAAGUGAAGCCACGCCCCCUACCCCGUCAAAAUAUCACCCCAAAAACCAACCGACAUAAGACAGCUAGCCUGGCCUCGACCUCAUCUCUAUAGCUUUUGGGACGGGCGAUGGUCAUGUGCGAGCCCUUUACUUGUGAGAAGUAGUUAUUUAUUAUUAUCAUGCAUAUUGUUAUUAUCAUGUAAGAUGGGAGCGGGGUGAAGGCUGACAGGAUUCUGGUUUUCCAUAUUCUAAAGGACGCACAGUUUUUCAAAUAUUGUUUUGUACUGGAGAAUGCUUUGCUAAAGUGGCCCUCUUCACCAUGCUAGUAUGUCUGUGCUUAAAGAUGAUCUAGUGAAUUCCGACAAGGGACCGUGAAUAAGUGUAUUUUUCUGUUUUUCUGUUCCCUUUUGUUUGGUACCGCAUGUUGUCAAGCCAAUAGGAUGUACAGUGCAUCGCCGGUGGCAGACGUCUUGGCCAGACUGGCACCAACUUGUAUAUAUCCAUGUCUUACCACGCUAGGUGAGGGGGGGUCGGCUGUCGUAUUUAACUGUACAGCUCAAUGACGGCACAUUUUAGAUUCAUAGCCCACUGGGAAAUAAAUCAGUCUUGUUUUGUUUUGUGAAAGGGCCGUGCUCUAUUCUCGUGACGCGUUUCAAUGGGGGGGGGGGGGGGGAGUACAGACUGUUGUGGUUUUUAAUUAUUACUCAGAAAUAAAAAAUGCUUAAGAACAAAUAAACCAGGAGGGGGAUGACGUACACUUAGGGCACCUUGAACCAUCGCCACGUUCUGCGAUCACGGAAGACGGAUCUGAAAGCCUUUCAAAACAUUCCUAAGUGUAGACGUGGAUUGAUUGAGCCUAAAUUGUAUGGGGAAAACGUACGUCUCUGGGUGUGCAUGUAUGUAUGUCUGUAUGUGUGUGUGAUGUGAGCACCACAUCGGAUUGAUUCAAAUAGAUUUUUAAAGGUUAAAACAAAGAGAUUAUUUAAAGAGUACAGUCUGAGUUAAUUUAGUCUUGUUCAUUAUAACUGUUGUGUUGGUCUCGUCCCCGUAGAUGGUGAACAGCCUCGUAUACUGACAGCUCGGGGCUGGAGAAGAAGGCAUUGGUUUGAUAUAGGGCGCUCUCCAUCUUACUUACGCACUACAAGGUACUCUCUGCAUGUCGAUGCCUUCUGUACAGCAGCGGUAGCAGGCCUGAGAACAUACUGUGUGAAAGGGUGAGAACACUCGAGCUAGACGCCCUAACACCUUGGCUGAGUUCAGCGGUUUCAACCACAUCCAUACACUGUCCACGCUCCAGACGUGAACGAGACCAGUUCUUCUUAAACAGUGGGAUGGGAAAGAAAUUAUGGCGUGAAUUCUUUAAUUCCGAUGCAUCGAAAAUUACACUGAAACAUUACCAAAGUAGAUGCAAACGUUUCCAUGGUAACCACUUUUCCCGAUAGUAUGAAAUGAAAUCGUUCUUAUUGAACAUUGAUCUUAUUAUGGUAUGGAUGAGGUUGGAACUCCUUAUGGGGCUGUACCUUCUUUGCUGUCAGGCAAGUCCACUCACCUUUUGGUUUUUCAGGAAUAUCCUUUCUAAUGCGAGAGUCCAUCCGUUUUGAACGCUUUGUAGUGCAGGUGACAGACGCGUCUGUGUUUUGGUCGGGUAAUACUAGGAUUGGAAACAUGCCUUACGUCAGGAGAGACAACCCAACACAAUUCUUCCGCUGGCUUCAUUGGUCAUUCGGUAUUUCUGGUUAUCUGAGGAGCAUAUCAUUGUUUGGAAACAGGACAUGACAUGACUAUGUGUAUAUAACUAUACAUAUAUAUAUAGAAAUAAAUGAGAGCUAAUGUACUUUUUACAAUGUAAUAAAUAUGUUAAGACAAUG